CUCUCAUCUUCCGCACUGCUGAUGAAUGAACUGCGACAUGGCAGCCCCGAGCAGGAAGCAACUUUUUAGGUUUCUCAGCCAAAUGGGAGCCUUCAUUUUGACCCGAUUUGGGUUUUGGAACUGCUUCAGUAUGUUGAUGUUGUUUGCUGAACGAGCAGACUCAAAAAGAAAACCCGACAUCUCAGUGCCAUACCUGUACAUAGACAUGGGAGCUGCAGUGCUGUGUGCCAGUUUCAUGUCAUUUGGGGUGAAGAGGCGUUGGUUUGCGAUGGCCGCUGCAGUUCAACUGGCCAUCAGCACCUAUGCUUCGUACGUGGGGGAGCAAGUGCACUACAGCGAGUGGCUCAAGGUGAGAAUGUACUCCAGAGCUCUGGCGAUCAUUGGAGGCUUUUUGGUUUUAGCCAGUGGAGCAGGAGAGGUGUACAGACAGAAACCUCGCACAAGAUCCUUACAGUCGACUGGACAGGUCUUCCUUGGUGUAUACCUAAUUUGCAUAGUGUACUCCCUGCAGCACAGUAAAGAGGAUAAACUGGCGUACCUGAACCACAUUGUUGGAGGAGAGCUCACCCUGAUGCUUCUGGAGGUGCUGUUUGGUGUGCUAGCUUUGGCAUUCCUCUCGGGCUGGUACAUUCGAUUAGCGGCUCAGAUUUUGGCCACCGUCCUUCCUCUGGUCAUCCUCCUCAUCGACGGUAAUCUUGGAUACUGGCACCACAGUCGUAAGGUGGAGUUUUGGAACCAGAUGAAGCUAAUUGGACACAACGUUGGCAUUUUUGGGGCAGUGCUCAUCUUGGCGACAGAUGGGUGAAAAUAGAAAAUCGCCGUAAUUGAACUUUGCACUUGAGAUUUGUUGCUUCUCAGGAAAACUGUAAUUGCUGAGAUAAUUUGGUGCCUGUGUCCUAAAUGGGAAAUUAAAAACACUCUCCCAAGAAUCAUUUGACGAUUCCAAUAAUUUAUUCAAAAGUCAUGUUUACAUUUGUCUGUUAUGCUCUGAUAUGACAAUUAUUGAUGCUGUUAAAUAUCUGAAAAAGUGUUAAUGUUAGGAUUUUUUUUUUUGUCCAUGUUUCAUCCAUCAAAAGCUGUAAUCGCCAUGAUAUUGAAUUCAGAAAGGGAAAGUUACAACGGUUUGCAUUAUCGAAUGUAAAUUAUGGCAUACAUAUUUGUGUCUAACAUUUAUAGUGCGUUAAAAUAGAUUAAGGCCAUGCAUCAUAUUUCUGGCUCAUAUGCAAGUUAGCAAUAAUACUGUCUGACUGCUUUGAAACUAGCAUUAAGUAAGGCCUAAAAGAUCAUUUAUUGCAUGAAAUUUAAAUCAAUCAUGUCAUAUUUUUUGUAUUUUUUUAUAAACUUAAAAUGUCCAGAUUGUUACAGUUUGUACUUAAAGUUAUUAAAGAUGUAUUUGCCCAGA